CUUUGGGAAGUUGUCGCUCUUCUGCCCUUCCUCUGCGCCCCUGUUGGUGCCUCCCAGUUUAGGAGCUGAAUGUGAAGUGGGUGGGGAAGUGUGCGUGGAUGUGGACGCAACUCACACUGCAAAAUGCUCGGCGAUUUAAACGCAAGCGCGCACGGGACACACGCCUGAAGUAAAAGCCUGUUAAAACAGCAAGGGAAGCUGAUUAGAGCUCCUGGAUGGCCAUGCAAAGUCUGAGUGAAGCCGGGGAGAGAGUUUCGGUCGCCUGGCCGCGGGCGCAGGGCCUGAGCCGAAGAGCGCACGCUUUCUCUGUGGAGGCUUUAGUGGGGAAAAGCUGCAAGAGGAUGAAAGUAGAAAAGCACAAGGAGGAGAAGAUAGAGGCAAGUGAGUGCGACUUGGACACAUCGACUGGGACUGUCGUGGAUGAAGCAGAGGACAGCGAGUAUCAGAUCGAGGAAACUCUUGAGACCACGAGCAAACCCGCCGAGGACAAAAGCGCUCCGGACGCACAGAUCCAAGUGGAGCUGCAAGGGUCCGAUCUGUGGAGCAGAUUUCACGAGAUUGGAACAGAGAUGAUCAUCACCAAAGCGGGCAGGAGAAUGUUUCCAUCUAUCCGAGUGAAAGUGAGGAACCUGGACCCCUUCAAGCAAUACUACAUCGCCAUGGACAUCAAGCUCGUGGAUUCAAAGAGAUACAGGUAUGUGUACCACAGUUCUCAGUGGAUGGUGGCUGGAAACACAGAUCACUCGUGCAUCAGCCCUCGGCUUUACAUCCACCCGGACUCGCCAUGCUCCGGAGAGACGUGGAUGCGCCAAGUGAUCAGCUUCGACAGGGUGAAAUUAACAAACAAUGAAAUGGACGACAAGGGCCAUAUCAUCCUGCAGUCCAUGCACAAGUACAAGCCGCGCGUGCACGUAGUCGUGCACGAGCCCUCUGUGGACGUGUCGCAAAUCUCUGCGCUCCCGAAUGAAGGCGUGUGCACCUUCUCCUUCCCCGAGACCCAGUUCACAACAGUGACAGCCUACCAAAACCAACAGAUAACAAAACUGAAGAUUGACCGAAACCCCUUUGCCAAGGGCUUCAGAGACCCAGGAAGAAACAGGAAGCUUAUCUCCCAUAGGGGCGUACUAGACGGCGUUCUGGACUCUUAUCCCUGGCGAAAUCCAUUUGGUCUCAAUUUGAAACCAUUUACUCUGGAGCUGCAAGGUGAAAAUUGUGGGUCAUCUGAGAGCUGUGGCGACAUUUCCCCUCUGAAAAGCCUCUUGCCACACCCCAGUUCCUUGCUCUCCCACCCAUUCACCCUCUCUGGCCCUGAAAGUGAUCACAACCUCAGUGUCCCCCUUUGCUCUAAAGUGACCUCUUCAAACACCUCCUUCACAAGCCAAUCCUACUGCAGCCUCAUACCAGACAGACUCAGAGGUUACUCAGGGUUGCGACCCUUGAUGGACUACCCCAUGCUGUCUCCUCUCCAUGGCAAAAAAAUAGGAGGUUGCAGGGGCCAGUGCCUCCAUAGCCACUGCUUGCUUUCCAUCCAGAACCUUCAGGCGAGCCGAACCUCUGGAACUCACCAGGAUACUGCAACAACAUCUCUCAUAUCACCAUAUGGCCUGUACAGCUACAGUUUACCUUUCAGGCCGCACUUCUCCAGCAUCACCAGCACAUCAAAACCAGCUGACAGCAUAAUCCUGGCAUCAUCUGAGAGCCUUCUGCGCCAAACAGCCUGGCAUUCAACUGUCAAUCACUGCGUCUGACCUUGCCAGAUGCUGGAACUGAACUCUAGAUAAACAUGUCCUUAAAACCAAUACAUAGCUGCUGUUCCCCCUGCUAUUCGUAUGGGUCAACACAAAAUAGCUAGGAUGUAAUGUGAAUGAGUGGAGCAUGAGACUGUUACUAUACUGGAACUCUACAGUGCUAAUGCUGGAAAAAGACUGCACUUAAUUUUUCCUAGUGGAAGACAGGAUUGACAGAAUGGUUUCUAUAAAAAAGAUGAACAGACCUGCGAUUUCCAGUGGCAAUUUUGUUAUUUUAAUUCAGAACCCUCCUUAUUCUCUGAGAAAAUGUUGUAUUAUGAUAUAUUUUGUUAUAUUUUUUCCAACCACCUGUUAUAUUGAACAUUUUUGUUCUAAAAAUAUACUAUGGAGGCCUGUAUACAUAUAAAACUUCAACCAACGUUACAUUUGUCUCGACAUAGUGCAUCUGAAAUAAAACCUAUCACCAUUUCGUUUUCAAAGUCAGAUAAAGUAUAAGCAUUUUGACGUUAAACAGUGCAUCUCACUGUUUAACAUUAUUAUUAUCAAUAUCAGUAUAAUCUAUACAUUUAAAGAAAAAAAUCUAUUUUUUUGUUUAGACUUCUUUCAUUGGCAUAUUUGUCUAUUUUCACUUUAUUUAAAUUAGGUUUCCUACAUUACCCACAAUGCAAUUCGAGUGCUUGCUGAUAGUGGCACCAGUGAGAAUUCAUCUCAACCUACAGAGAGCGAUGCAGCAACGUUUUAGUCCUUUACUCUGUCCAGCUCUCUCACCUCCUCAUAUGUACAGUCUUCUCAAAUACAAAUGGUUCCAAAGCUUCAAAUUUCAUGCUAAUACCACUGUAAACACCAUUGUGCUUGUCAUCUAGUAGAUCUCUACCUAGCCAAUCCAUGUCUCUGCUGCAAUCCAGUGCAAAUGUGUUGUUAUAGCUGCAUUGCAUUCUGGAGCUUCUACACGGAGCUCUACAACUUCUACAUUGGGUUUCUCAUUAAUGAGGCAUUGAAUGUCCAUGGAAAAUGGUGAGUGAGAAAAGAAGCUCUUGCUCUUUUGGUUUUAGGAGUUAACAGCAAAAUCAGAAACCCCUUAUGUCUGAAAUCGCUGAAUUUUUUUUCUCUUCUACGAAGCACCAAUGUAACUAUGCUAACAAUGUGCCCCUGUGAUGUCAUAGUGGCAGACAACCACUAACUUCUCAAGGAAAUAAUGAGAAUAUAACACCAACGAUUUAGCAAGA